UUUUCUGGAUGCUCCCAUUAAUGGAAGUUUGUGUACGAAGGUUCAUAACAUGAAACGUCAAAUAGAAAAACUUUUGUGAAUAUAAGCUACACUAUAAUUAAGUAACGUAAAGCAACUCAAAAAAAAAAAAUGGCUAACACUUUAGCCAAUGUGCCUGUAUCGAAAAUCAUCAAAAAUACAAGUAAUUUUGAAGAUGAGCCCAGGAAGAAAAGUAGAGAGGACUGGAGGAAAGCAAAAGAAUUAGAAGAAGCUAGAAAAGCUGGCACAGCACCAGCUGCAGUAGAUGAAGAAGGCAAAGAUAUUAACCCACAUAUUCCACAGUACAUUAGUGCAACACCUUGGUAUUUUGGAUCACAGGGACCCACUUUAAAACAUCAAAGACCACAGCCUGAAAAGCAGAAGCAAUUUAGUGGAAUAGAUGAAUGGUACAACCGUGGUGUUGAUGCAUCUAAAGCAGUAACAAAGUAUCGCAAAGGUGCAUGCGAGAACUGUGGUGCUAUGACUCACAAAAGGAAAGAAUGUAUGGAACGCCCACGUAAAAUAGGAGCAAAGUAUACAAAUGCAGACAUUGCACCAGACGAAUUCACACAACCUGAAUUAUCUAUGGAUUAUGAUGGUAAAAGAGACAGGUGGGCUGGGUAUGAUCCUUCAGAACAUAGAGCAAUCGUUGAAGAAUAUCAAAAGAUUGAGGAAGCAAAGAGGCAAAUGCGUGCAGAAAAAUUGAAUGCAGAAGAGAAUGAUGAACAAGAUUCGGAUAAAGAUGAAGAUAAAUACGUAGACGAAGUUGAUAUGCCUGGAACAAAAGUAGAUUCCAAACAGCGUAUCACCGUUAGAAAUUUACGAAUUAGAGAAGAUACAGCUAAAUAUUUGAGAAACUUAGAUCCAAAUUCGGCGUACUACGACCCGAAGACGAGAUCUAUGCGUGAUAAUCCUUAUACUGGCACAGAAAGAGAAGUGGAUUACAAAGGCGAAAAUUUUGCGCGUUUUUCGGGGGAUACGCAACGACACGCAAAUGCUCAAUUAUUUGCGUGGGAAGCACACGAACGAGGUGUUGAUGUUCAUUUACUUGCUGAACCCACGAAAUUGGAAUUACUUAAACAAGAAUAUGAUAAGAAACGUGACGAAUUGAAGGACAAAGCUCGUGGAAGUAUAAUUAAUAGAUACGGGGGGGAAGAGCAUCUUGAUGCUUUACCACCUUCCCUUUUAUUGGCACAAUCAGAACAAUAUGUGGAAUACUCUAGAUAUGGAAAAAUCAUCAAAGGACAGGAUAGACAAGUGAUUAGAUCAAAGUACGAAGAAGAUGUUUUCCCAAAUAAUCAUACGUCUGUUUGGGGAUCGUUCUGGCAAGCUGGUAAAUGGGGGUAUAAAUGUUGCCACUCGUUUAUCAAAAAUUCCUACUGUACAGGGGAAGCAGGUAUAAGAGCAUCCGAAGCAAUAGUCACGGAAACUAAGAAAACGAUAGACGAUGGCCAAAGUUUCGACAUUGAAAAGUUGGAUUCGUAUAAGGAAAAAUCGUCGAGUAGUGAUAGUUCGUCCGAUGAAGAAGAAGUCAAAUCGAAAACUAUAAAGAAAUCUAAAUCUUCCAAGAAAAAAGAGAAGAAACGAAAACAAAAGGAAAAGCGAAAAAACAAAGAAAAGAAAGCUAAAAUGCAAGACCAAGAUGAGUUACAACAGGCAUUGCAGAAAGAAGUAGAAACUCAGAAGGCAGCAGAGAGACUACUGCAGAUGGACGAAAGAAAGCGCCCUUACAACAGUAUGUACGAAGUAAAAGAACUAUCAUUGGAAGAAAUCGAAGCAUUCCAAAUGAAGCGACAGCGCGAAGAUGACCCUAUGGCGGAAUUUCUUAACAAGUAAUUGUUAAAAAAUUAACGAUUUUUGUAGUACUUAAGCGACAUAAAUGUGUUAUCAAAACCAAUUUUUAAAUGUAUAUUUAAAUGUUUAUUGGCAUUGCCAUUGUACAUAUAAUACCUAAGUAAUACAUGCAUUUUAAGUUUCGUUUUAUAAACAAAUUUAAUAUAGUAUGUAAAAAGAU